UCAAAAUUGAAACAACGCGGACAAAACACGGUUGAAACGCAGAGAGCCCAGUGCGAAAAGAAUUUCAUAAUCAAAAGUUAAUCGAGUGCUGAACAAAAACAACAACACUCGAAAAACCCCCAAGACAAAAACAGUGUCAGCCAAACAAGUGCUACAAAAAGUGGAAGCCAGCGGCUUGAAAAUUACAUCAAAUCAAACAGAAACCAAACAAAAGGAUUACACUAACAAAAUGGUUGUCGAGGAGACCUGCACCAUGCACCUGAACAUGAACAUGAACAUGGAUAUGGAUAUGGAUCUGGAGCUGGACAUCGAUCUGGCCAUGGAGUGCGCUCCCAUUGGACGCACCGUCAAAUCGGCCCUUAUGAGGGCCCAGGCGGAGGCCCGGGUGAUCGUGGGCCUGUCCGCCGCCAUCAACGUGCUCUCCAAGUCGCCGGAGGGAUCCCUCUUCUGCCUGAUGGCCCAGCCCAAGGACGGCGACUCGGCCACCCACAUGCACGAGGUGCUCCUGGAGGCCUUCUGCUACGAGAACGACAUCUACGUGAUCAAGGUGGACGAUGCCACCAAGCUGAGCCGCAUUCUCGGACAGGAUUCGGUCGAGUCUUGCUGCCUGGUCCAGAAGGUCUGGGCCGACGCCCCGGAGGAGCAGCUGACGAAGGCCGAGAACCAACUGGUCGACUACUGCGAGGCCCACUGGGAUGCCCCCCAGCAACCCAUUGUCCAGCUGCCGGCUGUGUAGGCGAGUGUGAGCGAGACAGCCACAUGCCAUCGCAUUGAACAGGCCCCGCGGACAGUGGGCCAAACAAGGUUUAAAUCGCAUAAAAAUCAAAAAGAAAACCAGUUGCUGGGGGUUGAUGUCCCCGAACGUUUUGGAGAGUUCCCGAGGGAAUCCGGCGUUUCGGGGUGUUACCACAGACCCAACAGGCGUAUGAAUAGGAUAUAUAGUAUACGAUAUAUAUAUAUAUAUACCCUAACCUAACUGUAUACCAAGGAGAGGAGGAGGAGAUUGAUAAGCCGGCGCCUUGGCGAAUAAUUGAAACUGAAAGGCGACCUUCGUGGCAGCAGAACCUGCAGUUGAGAUCGAGAUACCCGCGGAAGUUGCACACAGAUACUCACUCACACACCAAGGGAGCAGCAUUACACACACACACACAGAAGCGCGUGACCAGCUGCUGCAUUAUAUACAUACAUAUAGCCAAUUUGUUUCUGUAUAAUUUUUUCGCUUUAAGCGUCGAGCAAAUUUACUGAUAAUGACAAUUAUUCUGUACGCCGUAAAUUGUAAAUUACACUUAUAAAGGAGAUCAGCAAAUUGCAUGAAAAAUUAAAGUUUUGUUAUGUUAGCUUUUCCCAAGAAAGAUAAAACAAAAACAUACAAAAAAAAUUGUUAUUUAAUUUUAAGCACAAAAAUUAAAUUGAAAAGAUUUUUAAAGAAAAAAACAACAAAAU